CGAGGACGAUAAUUUUCAACUAUUAAUUUUGUUGGAAAAGAGCACAGUCGUACUCGUACGCACAGGUCACGAAUUAAGCUAAUCUACAUCAUCUAUAAGAUCUUGAUUCGUGCAUUACGUACAGAUAUCAUGUCGUUAUUUAUUUUAAACCACGACACGAAUUUCGAGCACAUAAUCGGCGUUCUGUUCAACAAUUGGACCGCACUCAAAUUGGCGGUUGAACAUGGCAUGGGUGGAUCGUCUGAAGUCAUGCAAUUCAAAAUAAGUGAUCUAAUAAAGAACAUACACGAAUGUCUUCGAAAGUCUGGUGACAGCAUGUGUUGGACAAGUAUAUCUGAUAUUAUUGAAGACGUAAUGGAUGUUGGGUUUGAUGUUGUACUUGAAGAUGCUUCUGCUGAUGAAUUAAGUAAGCAUAUUUGUAAUCUCUACUGUGAUUGGAACCAGUCAAUGGAUGGCCAAAAAAAAGUUAUAGAUGAACUCAGAAGUUUACCUACAGCAAUCCCUAUUCAAAUUGUUCCAGUAAGACCAAUACGUGAAAAACAAAAGAAGGAUGAUUCAUCGUCUAGUGAAGAAUCUGAAGCCUGUGAUGAUGGGUGGACAGUGGUGAAACAUAAAUAAAACUUACCAGCAAUAUGUUUACUUUAUUCUUUUGUUUAUGAAAUAAUGAAUUUUAUUAGAUAAUGGGCUGUUGUAAUGUGCUGUUAUUUAUAGCAAAACAUUUGAUUUUCAUAUGAGUAUACUAACUAUAGUGUUUAUAAACUCCUUUAUGUUAUAAUUCCUAACUAUAUAAAUGUAUAUUAUUAAUAUUUAGUAAUUUUUCUCUUGUACAAUUAUGAACUAAAUUAGAUAAAAAAUUAUUUUUAAAUGUAUCAUUUAUAACCUGAUAAAUUAUGAUGUUGACUUGUCCUUUUUGGAUAGACAUUUCAACAUAAUAUACACAAUGUUUGCCCCUUUCAAAUGUUAAUACAAAUAUUUUUUUUUUACUAUUGAAAUAUUAUUGUUUUGAAUAUUAUUGCUAAUUUCAAAGCCACAAUCAAAUAAACUAAAGUCUUAUGUGA